AGUCAAAAUAAACCUGACUGAAGCUGAGUUUGUGCCUCACGCGUGGCCUUUUAAUUAAAAUUCUUUAAAAUUAAUACUUUAAUGGAAUAUAAACUGUGCAGUAACGGAAGCCGAUGAAAAUAUCUAUUAUAAAAACUUUGAUGUGAAAUCGAGUGCUGUAAGUUCGUACCGAUUUCGAUUUCAAAAUGAGAAGGGCUAGAAUAAAACCAGCUGUGACCCUUCCAACGAGAAGAAAAAACAAUGAUAGCAACGAAUCAGCCAAGAAUAAACCCUCGACACCUAAACAGGUAGCAGAGAAGCAGGAACCUACAAAAACUGAACAAAAUGAUGUAGUUUCUGAACAAAAUGUAUCUGAUGACCCUGCUUAUCAAACAACACCUAAAGAAAGCCCCAAAAGGGCAGUUAUUGAGCCAGUGCCCUGUGAAACUCCUCAACAAAGCCGCAGGUCGUCUGUACAGUCCCCACUGCAGUCAGAUGUGGCCCCAGAGACUCCACAGUCCUACAAAAGACCUGAGACACCCAUAGUGGCUUCCCCAAUACAGAACAAGCAGUCUUCAGACGUGAGGCCAAUAGCAAUUGUAUCAAACUUAACCAAUGCACAAAUUGCAACUAGAAUACCCAUCAUAAUCAAUGUAGCUAAGGAUGCAUCCAAAAUCAUUGCUACAACCAAGACUACAUUUGUUGAAGAACAAAGGCCUCAAAAUGAAAAAACAAACGAAAGCACAGAUAUCAUUGACUGUAUAUCAAAGAUACCAGAUUAUAAUCCUCCAAGUGUGCCAGAGAGUGUUACAGAGGAUACAGUUCUGGAUGGCAUUGUGCCAUUGCAGUCCAAGAGUAGUGUACCAAAACCCUUGGACUUUCUGAAGAAUGAAAUCAUAUCUGAGAAUGCAGAGGUGUUAUUUGACCCUAUUGUCCCCCUUCCAUCACCGAGUAAAGUCAGACCAAAACUUCGGCCCGCUCCCAGACUGGCUUUCAGAAGAAACAGUAUACAGGGUAGUGCCAGUGAAUCGGAAGAUGAAAGUCGGAGAGCGUUAUUGAACAGUGGCUCCACCACUCCCGGCCCGCCGAGGCAGAGGCAUGACUCUCACACCACACAAUUCACAGUACCUAACAGGGAGGUGAGUCGAGUGCGGAAUGACUCUGUCUGCUCGACCGUCAGUCAAGUCACGACGCACACGCAGCCACCAUCAGCGUCAACGAAAGACAAACAUUCCAAGUCGCGUCGCAACGAGAUGUCGCGGCGCAUGCUGGCGCUGCGGCGCAAGCAGCGGCGCGAGGCCGUGCCGCGGGAGUCGCUCACCAUGUACGACCUCAUCUUCUACAACCCCACCACCAACCCCAUCGUGCCGGACCCAGACGAGCCCACAACCACAACCGUCAAAGAGAAGACAAAGGAGGAGCCCCCAGCUAAACAAGCCAAGAUGGAGGAGGAACAAGACGACCCGCCCUCGGCGGAGGAGACCGCCGCGCCCGUGCCGCAGCUGAAGCUCGGGCCUAACGGGGAGAUUGUGCUGGAUGAGCAGAGCUUGGUGAUCCAACAAACAGAGAGCACCCGCAAGCUCAGCCAGUCCAUAGUCCACGAGGGCGCGUUCGCCAACGGCGGCCGCGGCAGGUACAGCCGCUCGCGCCGCGCCGCCGACUGGACGCACACGGAGACUGUGCGGUUCUACCGCGCGCUGGCGGCCGUCGGGACCGACUUCACUAUGAUGAAGAACAUGUUCCCGGAUCGGACGCGGCGAGAUCUUAAAGUCAAGUUCAAAAAGGAGGAGAAACUGAACGGUGCGCAAGUGGACAAAGCCCUCCAAUCGCAGAUCGAGUGGGACGCCAUCCGAUUGGAGACUGAGUUCGCCGAAGAGCGCCGAUUGGCUGCAGAGAAAGCGGAGAAGGAAAAACUUAUGUAUCUCGAACAGAAGAAAUUAGAAAAGGCGAGAUUGCGAGCUGCUAAAGUGGAAGGAGUGAAGCAUAGCCGCGGAUCGAAAGCUGUAGAGUCGACGUAUGCCAAGCGCGCAGAAGUGCAACGCGAAGCGAACACCGCAGACGAAAUCAUCCGGCGAGCGCUCAUGGGCAAGCCAAGGAGUCCGAGAAAGAAACCCCAACCCCCGCCGCCCACCCACAUGCCUAUACCGGCCUCGCCGCGCCCGCCACAAGGCACUAACUUCGCCACAUUGACAAAGCUAAAAGACACCAUCCCCAUAAACAGAACUCCCACGCAACCGGACGUUGUGUCAAUCUCGAAAGUGACACCUGGCAGACCAAUGACACCUGCCAGAUCGAUGACACCUGUCAAAACACCGAGCGCCCUCGCCCAGAAUGUUCCACAGAAUAUCGAACAGGGUUCCCUAGUUGUUUUAACAGUGAACGACCCGAAAGAUCCUAGUAAGAAGAUGCUCCAAACUUACGUGUCUAAUGGUGCCGGCCACUUGACGCCAGUCGCGUUGCCCGGAACGUUGUUAAACUCUGUAGUGAAUUAUAUGAAGAAGGGCACUCCUAAAAGCGCUUCGUCUAAUUCCCCACAAUUUACUUCUCCUGGUAGUGUGACCAGUCAAGAGAGUAGAUCUAGUGUUAUACAAAUGAAUCCAAGUCCAUCUAAACGGAAGCGGUUCGAUUCGUUUACUAUCACGCAGUUGUGAUAUAGACUUCUAAUUGGUGUUGUGUAUGUAAUUUGCUUGUGCUUUAAUUUUAUGUUUGUGGAAAAGCGUUGUUUAGAUGGAUUAGUAAUUUAUUUUCGAUUGUUUAAGUUAUGAGAUUACCCGAUGCCUUGGCCGAGUAUCCGCCAUUUUGCUACCAAGCAGCUGUCUUUUGCAUACUUGGGUAUAGACAUUGGACUCAGUUUUAAAAUAUUUAUUCGACUGGUUAUCAAAUAUUGUUGCUAGGUUUAUAUAGUUAGGUAUUAAUUACUUGUGUGUUUUUUUUACUCUUUUUUUUAUUGAGGCGGUUCUCACGCUGCCAGGCAUUACUGUAUAGAAUAUAGAUAGAUGGAUAGAAUAUUCUUUAUUUGUACACAAACACAUAAAAGAAACUUACAAAACUUAAAUACUAACAAAUAUGUACAAAAAUGGCGGUCUUAUCGCUUAAAGCGAUUUUUUCAGGACAAACUUAGGGUGGAAGGAUAUUUUGAUUAAAUUAAAUUGUAUAGUGCAUUACUGCACUGUAUGUUGCGUGAAUGCGCGUUUUUAUUUGAAAUGCGUUCAUGAUACAUACAGUUCUCGCAACAGGCAGUGUGAGAACCGCCUUAGUUAAGGACUAUUCUACAAACCGUUGUAAAGCCAAAUAGUUUAGAUAUAACAUAAAAAAGUUAUAGCUAAGAAUUGUUAGUAAAAGCUAUUAAAUAAUGAGAAUUGAAUACACAGAUUGUUUACUUAGGUAGUUAGAUGUACGAUCUUCCAUUAAAUUUAGAUAUAUUGUUAUGAGAUCUGAAUGUGACUUAGAUGCGGCAAUGAUACUACUAAGUAAUUAUGUUAUUUGAAAAAUCAUCAACAUUCAUCAGACAGUCAAACAUCGUCCGCUGAUCACUAGGGGGCGACUCUCCCGCGCCAUACAAAUUCGCGUUUACCCGCCAGAGCGCCAGUACUCAAUCGGAGUAUAAACUCGCACUCUGAAAUUGAAAUCGUUUAUUUGACGUAGAGUUUUACAAUUACUUGACAAUCGUUAAUAGGCACUCCGCAUGCAGGUUCCUAGGUGGCGUGCAUCGGUUUAGACCAUAGAAAUAAUAAACUAAUGGUUUAGACCGACUUCACGGUACUGAAACAUCAAAAUAUCCAAACCGCGAUAUUCACGAUACUUUUUUCUGUUUAUUGUUUUAUGCUUGAGUGAUUCUGUGGGUUUUUUGUAAAGAACGGAUAAUUUGUUAUUGUUAUUUGGUUUUUAUGUAACUACUUGCUGUAGGUAUUGUAUUGAUAGGAAUUGUUCAAGAAAUGUAAUCAAUCAUGUAAUUAUGUGCUUUAAGAAUUCAUAAUGCAAUAAAGUUUUUUAUUCAAGA